UGGUCUCUCCUGCCAUCCCAGCUCACGGCCAUGGCCUUCUUCACCAGGAGCUUCCUUGCCCUCUCUCUCCUCUCUCUGCUUGCUUGCGCUGCCACCGGGAAGCUGUCGGCGUCGUUCUACGACGACACAUGCCCGAGCUUGCAGAGCAUUGUGCGAUCGGCCAUGUCCCAGGCCGUGAGCAGCAAGCGGAGGACGGGCGCUUCCAUCCUCAGGCUCUUCUUCCACGACUGCUUCGUCAACGGCUGCGACGCGUCGAUUCUUCUCGUUGGUGGCGAGAGGAACGCGCCGCCGAACAAAGACUCCGUGCGUGGAUUCGACGUCAUAGCUGCCAUCAAAUCCCAGGUCGAAGCCGCGUGCAGAGCGACGGUGUCCUGCGCCGACAUCUUGGCCCUGGCAGCACGAGACGCGGUGGCUUUGCUCGGAGGACCGAGUUGGCAGGUGCUGCUAGGCCGCAGGGAUGCGAGGACCGCGAACGAGACGGCCACCAGAGACCUCCCGUCGCCAUUCGUCGACCUUUCCAACCUCACCUCGUCGUUCGAUCACAAGGGCUUCAGUGCGCAGGACAUGACUGCUCUCUCCGGGGCGCACACCAUCGGCAUCGCCCGGUGUCCCAGCUUUCGCGACCGCAUCUACCAUGACGCCAACAUCGACCCCGACUUCGCGGCUCUCCUCAGGCAGAGUUGCCCUCCGAAGGGUGGCGACGAUAACCCGGCUCCUCUGGACCUCCAAACUCCCGACCUUUUUGACAACAAGUACUACGAAAACCUUCUCUCUGGUCGCGGCCUCCUCCACUCGGACCAGGAGCUCUUCAAUGGAGGUUCACAAGAUGAACUGGUGAGCUAUUACGUUCUCAACGAGACGCUCUUCUUCGAGCAUUUUGCCGCGGCAAUGGUGAAGAUGGGUAACAUCUCGCCGCUCACCGGAUCGAGCGGCGAGGUUCGAUUGAACUGCAGCGAGGGCCUCAGCCUGCGGGACCUGACGGCGCUCUCCGGCGCGCACACCGUCGGUGCAGCGAGGUGCAGCAGCUUCCGGCCCCACGUCUACCGCGACGCCAACGUCGACCCCGGGUUCGCGAUGUUCAGGCGGCGGAUCUGCCCGGCGUCAGGCGGCGACUCCAACCUCUCCCCGCUCGACCCCACGAGCCCCAACCGCUUCGACGUCAGCUACUACCGGGACCUGAUGGCCCGGAGGGGGCUGCUGCACUCCGACCAGGAGCUCUUCAACGGCGGGCCGGCGGACAACCUUGUGCGGCUCUACAGCUCCAACGGCGGGGCCUUUAACAGGGACUUCGCGGCGGCCAUGGUGAAGAUGGGCAACAUCGGCCCCUUGACAGGGUCAGCUGGGGAGAUCAGACUUAACUGCCGGAGGGCCAACUGAGGAAGACGACGACGAUGUAAUCCUACUGCAGGAAUACAUACCGUAGAAGAAAUCUGGGUCAAAUUUAAUUAUUUAUUCAAUUAUUAAGCAUGGAAGAUAAAAAUUAUCUUAUUUGGAUUACGAAUGUGGAAAAUGGAGUUGCUCUACUUUUCUUUCUGAGAUUAUUUAUGUCAAACUUUAAUCCAUCAGU